AUGCUUCUCCCCAAGGGCGGCGUUACAUGGAAGUCGGCAAAGUCCAACCUGCCGCCAUGGAAAGCGGUGCUCAUGCUCCUUUCGAAACCCCGAUUCAUCAUCUCCAUUGCCGCUGCGGGGCUGGUCAUACUGCUCUGGGGCGGCGUCAGCCGGUCGACAGCGGAGAUGCAGAGAUAUUACUGCUUCGGCCCAUCAAAACCUCCAAACCACAUGUCCGCCAACGAACUGGUAGACUGGCACUCCCAUCUCCAAACCCCCGUCAUCUUCAACCACCACGAAGCCUACCAAAUAAACAACACCUCCAUCCAAAACGUCAACCUGAACCUUAUCAAGGCAACCCCCAAAGCAGCCGCAAUGGAAGAACGCAUCUUGAUCCUCACACCCCUACGCAAUGCCGCUAGACAUCUGGAUAAAUACUUUGACUUACUUUCUAUGCUCACCUACCCACACCAUCUGAUCGAUAUUGCCUUCCUGGUCAGUGACAGCAACGAUGAGACACUAGCCGAUCUAGCUGCGAACUUGAACCGUGUGCAGUCGAUGCCGGACAACAUCCCUUUCCGCAGCGCGAUGGUCGUAGAGAAGGACUUUGGCGCUACGCUGGAUAUGAAUGUUAAUGCGAAGCAUGGAUUUGAGGCGCAGGCUCCCCGACGGAAGACGAUGGCUAAGGCCAGAAAUUUCCUGCUGGCUACAGCGUUGAAGCCAGAGCAUUCCUGGGUUUAUUGGAGAGACGUCGAUAUUGCCGAUAGCCCGCCUAAGAUUAUCGAGGACUUCGUCGCGCAUAACAAGGACAUCCUUGUUCCUAAUGUAUGGUUCCACCGAUAUGUCGAUGGCCACGAUAUCGAGGGAAGAUUUGACUACAAUUCUUGGGUUGAAUCGGAUAAAGGCCGGAAACUGGCUCAGAGCCUAGACAAGGACACCAUCAUCGUCGAGGGAUACAAACAAUUCGACACCGGGCGCCGAUACAUGGCUAGAGAAGGUGACUGGAGAAGAAACAAGGACGAAGAGCUCGAAUUGGAUGGAAUCGGCGGUGUCAACAUCGUUGUCAAAGCUGAUGUUCACCGUGCAGGCAUCAACUUCCCCUCAUACGCCUUUGAGAACCAAGCUGAAACCGAAGGUUUCGCUAAGAUGGCUAAGCGCGCGGGAUACCAAGUCGUCGGCCUACCGAACUACGUCGUCUGGCAUCACGAUACCGAAGAAAAGCCCGGAAACGUCUAA